AUAUGCUUUGGUGUGCAUGUUCUACCUGACACACACCUAUACACAGCAAAAAAAAACGUGAGUUACACACACAUGCUACAUCACACACUACAUAGCAGUGUUACAGUUAUGCCAUUGAUUUGGUUGGACAUUUUAAUGUAACAUACACACAGAGGUCAUGCCUGUGCAUUCAAGGAGGUUAUCAAAGUUACAGACUGAGAACAAGAAGAGGAUGAGGUUGGCACUGAUCAUCAUCUGCUGCGUGUUGCUGAUCUUGGUGAUCCUGGCACUAGGAAUACACUACAUCGUCAGAUACGUAAACACGACGUUUUACUUCUGCGCUCAGUCGCUGGCGUUCGUUCCCAUUGAAAACGCCUGUGAUGGGAAGAUGGACUGUGAUGCUGGAGAGGACGAGAUCAACUGUGUGUCCAGCCUGAGGAUCAACACCAUAUAUCCAGUGAGGUUGAUGGGCGAGAGUUUGAUUUUGCAGGUUUUUGUGAACAACGAAACCUGGAGCACUGUGUGUGCUGACAACUGGAGGACGCAACACACUCGAUUAGCCUGCCAGCAACUGGGUUACACACAUAGCCCACGGAGUAUACAAGUGCCCGUGAAGAGUCUACAUCCCGACCUACAGACUGCCUUCAGUGUGGUGAACGACGAGGGCCAAGAUGCGAGUGCAAGCAUUCAAAGUGCACUCACUAUGAGAGAUGAGUGCAACUCCGGCUCGGUCAUAUCGCUGUCUUGCUCAGACUGUGGUGAGGUGGUUGGUGAAGACCGGAUCGUUGGUGGUACAGACACGACCAUAGAAUCGUGGCCAUGGCAGGUCAGUUUGCACUGGGACACACAGCAUGUGUGUGGAGGAUCGCUGAUCUCGACACAAUGGCUAAUCAGUGCUGCCCACUGCUUCACUGGAAGAACCAAAGAACUGAGCCAGUGGAGUGUGGUUUUAGGCCAAACCUAUAUAACCUCAUCUGGGGCUGUGUCAGUGGAGAGCAUCCUGCUAAACCAAGCCUACAACUCUGUGACCCAUGAUUAUGACAUCGCCAUGGUCCGACUCGCCUCCGAUGUUCUUCCUGGAGCCUCAAUCCAUCCAGUCUGCCUUCCCCCCUACCAGCUGUCAAUCAUGGAGGGGGACGACCUUUUUGUGACAGGAUGGGGCGUACAACAUGAAAACGGCCAGCUGUCAGAUGUUCUACAGAAAGCCACGGUUCCUUUGAUUGACACGUCUGUAUGUUCCAAUGCAUCCAUCUACGGCUCUGCCUUCACUCCCAGGAUGCUGUGCGCUGGCUUUCUGAAAGGAGGAGUAGAUUCCUGUCAGGGGGAUAGUGGGGGUCCGCUGGUUUUCCUGUCAUCCCGGUGGCACUUGGUGGGCGUAGUGAGCUGGGGAAGCGGCUGUGCCCGUAAAGGUCUGCCUGGAGUUUACACUGACGUCAGACAGCUACUGAACUGGAUUUACAGCACCAUGGAGCAAUACCCUUAAGAACUUGAUGCACUGGAAAAAUGCAUCUAAUGGUCCAGGAAGAUGGGACACACGAUGUUUAACUGGAUAUCUGGGUAACGGUUAGCAUAAUAGAAAUGUGCUCAUGCUUAUUGGUGUAUUGUGGUGGAUAUAAAUUUUAAAAUAAAUAUUAGGCCUUUGGGGUGUUUUUUUUUAAUUUAUUUUAGUGUUUGGAUCAGUGUUGUGUUAAAAAUAUAUAGAGCUCAUAAUUGUACCAUGCAUUUUCU